AUGUAGAUUUAAAUUAUUUACAAAAAAUAUUUCAGCUAUUUUUUUAGAGUUUUUCAUUUAGAAAGAUGGCCAUUUGAUGUUGAAUUAUUUAUGAUUGCAUAAAAAUACAAAGUUCCUGUCUCAGAAUUACCUGUUAAUUGA